AUGGGGAAAGCUGCCGUUGACCAUCCCGCCGAAGAAGGCAGUAUGGACACCUUCCAGCAUGUCGACAUGGUCUUGUCUGAACAUGAUCCUGAGAAAGCCGGUCCUGCCAACAACCCAACAGUGACCGAAAUUCGUCCUGAGCCCAAACGAGGCUGGCGAAACUUCAUCUGGGACUCAUUGGACAAGUCGCCUGAGGAGCGACGACUGGUGCAGAAAAUCGACCUCGCUCUUUUGACAUUGGGCUGUCUCAGCUAUUUUGUGAAAUAUCUCGACCAGAUCAACAUCAACAAUGCCUUUGUUUCGGGAAUGAAAGAAGACCUGUCGCUCUAUGGAAAUCAGCUCAACAUCAUGCAGACUUGCUGGGGAGUUGGAUACCUUCUGGGAGGCCUUCCCAGCAACAUUCUGCUCACCCGGGUUCGACCGUCAAGAUUCAUUCCCCUCGUCGAGGUCUUGUGGGGCGGCUUGACUCUUUGCCUGACGGCGUGCAAAACUGCGAAACAGAUCUACGUUGUCCGUUUCUUCGUCGGUCUCUUUGAAUCUGCCCUGUAUCCCGGCAUGAUUUAUAUCAUCGGUUCCUGGUACCGAAGCGACGAGCUGGCAAAACGGACCUGCAUCUUCCAGGUCACCAGUGCGGUCGGCACCAUGUUCUCCGGUUAUCUCAUGGCUGCAGUGUAUCAUCUCGACGGUCAGAGUGGAUUGCAUGGCUGGCAAUGGCUGUUUCUCGUGGACGGACUGAUCACCUUACCCAUCGCGGUGGCAUGCUUCUUCUUGCUCCCGGACCUGCCCUCGAACUGCAGAGCAAGAUAUCUUAGCAAAGAGGAAAUUACUCUGGCGCAGGUGCGAAUGGAGCUCGAAGGUCGAGCUUCGCGUGAACCCUUCUCCAAGGCCAAGAUCAAGAGAAUCGUUUUCGGGACCUGGCACUGGUGGGUUUUGGUGCCCAUGUAUACAUUCUGGAACAACGGCGGUUCUAGUGCCCAGCCAGUCUUCGCUCAAUAUCUCAAGAAUUUCGACCCUCCAAAGUACAGCGUGGCCCAGAUCAACACCUAUCCGACCAUUACUGGCGGGGUUCAAGUCUUCACGACCCUAUUCUUCGCCUGGACCUCGGACGGGUUUCUAAAAGGACGUCGUUGGCCUGCUGUCAUUGUUGGUGGUUGUUUCAAUAUCAUGUGCUACUCGUCUCUUUGGCACUGGAACAUUCCCGAGGGCUGGAGAUGGGCCUGCUAUGCUCUGUCGGGAGUAGGUUCAUCAGUUGCCGGAUUAAUCAUGUCCUGGGCCCAUGAAAUCUGUUCUUCCGACAACGAAGAACGGGCCAUCGUGACCGGAAGCAUGAACCAGAUGGCCUACGUCUUUCAGAUGUGGCUCCCGCUUGUCGCAUGGAAACAGACCACCGCCCCUCAAUACACGUCCGGGUUUGCCACAAUCACUUUCUUCAAUGUGUGCAUGAUUUUCUUCGCCCUUCUGGCUUUGUACCUGCAGACCGGAUUCAGGAAGAUAUGA